CUGACUGUCUUCUCCUCCGUCCUGCGGAGGAAGCUUGCGCCCUUGGCGCUUCCUUUUUCUCUUCCGGCGGAGAGAUGUUUUAUUAGCAACUAGGACAAUACCUGACACAUGCUUGGGAUGUGGUAAUGCCAGCCAGAUUCCUCAGUGCCCUGGCCGGAUUUCACUGUGUAUUAUCAAAAGCAUAUCAGUGCCAAAGACUUGUUCAUCUAAUGUUAAAGCCACUUAAGGAAUUUGAAAAUACAGUGUGCAGCACACAGAUCAUAUGUCAAAACUUGAAUUUAUUCUUUCCUGAAACAAUAGCUGGUGGUUUGAAUAAGUCUCGUAUCCCAGAAAUGAACCGUAAACUAUCAGAUACAAGAGUACUCUCUCCAGUAAAUGCUGAGCAUUGCCAAGAUGAAAAAUCAUACCUUCUAGCCCGGAACUCAUUUGGUACUCAGAAGAAAGUGACCCACACACCAAAUCUAUUGGGUUCUAAAUGGUUUAUAAAAAUAUUGAAGAGGCAUCUCUCAUCCGUAUCAACUGAAACAUUUGUUCCCAAACAAGAAUUUCCACAGAUCAAGAGACCACUAAAAGCAUCCAGGACCAGGCAACCAUCCAGGACCAACCUUCCAGUUCUGUCUGUGAAUGAGGACCUGAUGCACUGCAUAGCGUUUGCAACAGCAGAUGAAUAUCAUCUGGGAAGUCUGUCUCAAGAUCUGACCUCCCACGGAUACGUUGAAGUAACAAGUUUGCCUAGAGAUGCAGCCAAUAUUUUGGUGAUGGGUAUGGAAAGUUCUGCAAAAGAAGGUGAUCCUGGAACAAUAUUCUUCUUCAGGGAAGGAGCUGCUGUGUUUUGGAAUGUGAAAGACAAAACUAUGAAGCAUGUGAUGCAAGUUCUAGAAAAACAUGAAAUCCAGCCAUAUGAAAUUGCAUUGGUACACUGGGAAAACGAAGAGCUCAACUACAUAAAAACCGAGGGACAGUCAAAACUUCACAGAGGGGAAAUCAAGUUAAAUUCAGAGCUGGAUUUGGAUGAUGCCAUUCUAGAGAAGUUUGCUUUCUCCAAUGCUCUCUGCCUUUCAGUGAAACUGGCUAUUUGGGAGGCAUCACUGGAUAAAUUUAUUGAAUCUAUUCAGUCAAUUCCAGAGGCUCUAAAAGCUGGAAAGAAAGUGAAACUGUCUCAUGAAGAAGUGAUGCAGAAAAUGGGUGAACUCUUUGCCCUAAGGCACCGUAUAAACUUGAGUUCAGACUUCUUGAUUACUCCUGAUUUUUACUGGGACAGAGAAAACCUGGAAGAACUUUAUGAUAAAACUUGUCAAUUCCUUAGCAUUACCCGAAGAGUGAAGGUCAUGAAUGAAAAACUUCAGCACUGCAUGGAACUGACAGAUCUCAUGCGGAAUCAUCUGCAUGAGAAGAGGGCACUCCGCUUGGAAUGGAUGAUCGUCAUCCUCAUCACCAUAGAGGUAAUGUUUGAGCUGGGACGAGUAUUUUUCUGAUCAAGUGAUAACAAGCAUCACUGCAACAGAUAUUCAAGUUCUACAAUCAAAAGAUAAAUGUUCACUACUGAGCAAUCUCUUAUUUAAUAGGUAUUUAACUUUUUUGUUAUAAUGAUCCUUUCCAGCUCCAAAUAUAUGUGAAUAAAAAUUACAAAGAA